GUCCUUGUAUCUGGUGUUUUAUUGUUCCUAUGCUGUAUAUUGAUUUUCCCUCACAAAAUUUCAGCGGUAUAAAUAGGGCUUCUCUCCUGGUGAUCUUAGGGAUACCCAGGAUUCCUCUUCCAAGAACCACCCUGUAUACACCGCACCACCGAUUUUCCUUCACGAAAUUUCACCGGUGUUAAAGCGCGCAUCCCACCUGCAGAUCCCCUUCCUGCGUCGGAACCCACCGUGGUACCAUCGCAGAAUACAAACGAGCUCGGUACCAGGAAGCCGCGAGACGUAGUGCUUGACCAGAAACGCACGUCGAAGGUAACGUGAAUGCAUACUUAAGCGGUACCUGACCAACGAACCAAGAGAAAGCUCCAUAACACCCGCUGCAAAGUAGUGCUGGAGGGUUAACAUCUUGCCGACUUGACGCCGCUUGAAAAUGAUGAGGGUGCUAUUGGCCGUCUUUGCCUUCGCUGCCUUGGUUGCUCUUGGGGCUGCCACACAGGUCAAACCAUGUAGCGGAGUUGAAAGAACCAUAGAUAACCUCAAUGAGCGAAUUCAAGUUGGAGGAUGUAACAAGCCCCCUUGCAGACUUAGAAAAGACACCUCUGUAGGAAUCACCAUGAAGUUUCAACCAGCGGAAAAUGUGAAAAGUCUUCAAACUGCAGUGAGCGCAAACAUCCUAGGAGUACCAUUCCCCUUUAUAGGAGUGGAUGGCGAGAAUGCAUGUGACGAUGUUUACCUGAAAGACGGAACAACCAAAGCUGGAUGUGAUCUUAAAGCUGGGGAGGAGUACGUUUAUAAGAACAGUAUAGAAGUGCUUAAAAUAUAUCCUAGGGUCAAGACAGUCGUCUCUUGGGGACUGAAGGAUCAGAAAGGAAACUAUGUAAUUUGUUUCGAAGUACCUGCUCGAAUAACAAAUUAGAUAUUAUUGCCUUAUAAGUUAAGUUAUUUAUGAAUACAUUUUUUAAUACUGGUCUGUUUUUUAUAAAAACUAAUUAAACGAUGAAGGAUUGGUUGAUACUCAUGAGCUUAGGAUUUCCCAUCCUUGUUUCCUAAUUGAAUAUCAAUAUUUAUGGGGUGAUUCAUGACUGCGUUUUAAGAAGAAAACGUAGUCUUCAUACGGUUCGGUUGUGUUUAACCUGUGUCUACAUUAAUCUUUCGAAAUCGAGGGCACAAGAUCGAACUAAAUAGUAAGAUCUUACACUACGCUUUUUAAGAAGCAUAUCUGCAUGAAACCAUCAAGACCUUGGGCAGUAAAUGCUCCUUCUGUAAUUUAAUGCACUAUUUUGAUUCGAUACCUAGUUCGAGUGAUCUUUUGUUGUGAUUCUUGGAGAAUAUAGUAUGGAAGAUCAGGGUGAAAUUACUAACCAGAUCCUUAACAUCCUACAAGAAUAAGAAGUGAUCUUAAAGAGGUAAAGGAAUCUCUAGCCAAAGGAAUAGGAUAGACGACAUAGACUCUAGAAUAAAGGACCUGGAAACAGAAAACGCCGAUUUGAAGCAACAGGUUGUUGUUCUUCGAAGAAAGGAUCUGAAGAAUAACAUAAUAUUAUUCGUACUUGAGGAAACACAGAACGAAGAUUUGUUAAAGGACAUAAUAGCAUUCUUGCAUUCAAAUCUUGCAGCUACGAUCACUGAGUCAGACAAUAAUAACAUCUAUCGAAUUAGAAUAGCAUACAGUAACACACCGAGGCCAGUCAAGUUAGAAUUAGUUAGGAACAUCGUUAAACAAAAAAUAAUAAAGAGCGCAUAUAAACUUAAAGGCACAAAUAUAGCCAUUGCGGCGGAUUUGAUACCUGAGGAUCAUCAGUUGCAAAAAAUUCUACGUAAACACUUGAAGAUAGCCAGGGGGCAGAAACAGUCAGCAAAAAUACAUAAAAAUAAGCUUCUAGUUAAUGGUGUUGCUUAUAGUGCCGAGGAAUUAGAACUGGAAGAAGAUAUUUCGGAACAAGAAGAAGAGGCAAAUACAGCAGAAACGCAAGAGACACCUUCACAUGACAAAAAAGCAACUUUAGAGAAAUCCGUGGAACCGAAACAAUCAUCUACUACGGCUACUGCGAUAGUCUCCACAAUGUCGAAGCGUCUGGAAAAUAAGUAUUAAUCCCGCCUUCAAAAAGAGCGAGAAAUCAAUGAACAGUUUUUCAUUAAUGUCACUGCAAUCAACUAUUGUCAAUAUUUUUAUAGGUGGAUGUUUUAAAGUAAUUAAACCGAG